AUUUCUGGUUUCCCCCCACGAGGGAGUUUUUGUUGCAAUUUUGUUUUGUGUUAUUUACUUAUACCCAUUGUUUUGCUCGUGUCCUCGCACCUUAAUCCACCCGUUCCUUGACUUUUUUAUGAUUCGAAGCACAAAAAAGGUGCGAAGGGCUGGAAACAAGUUCCUCGGGUUUUCCAGUUACUGUAUAUCUCACUUUGACAAGUGAGAUCUUCAUUUGAUCUUCUGCCUUCGAGACUUCACUGUUGGCUUGCUGAGAUUACAACAAUGCUGAAGAAAGAGUUCAUGCCAUACUGGAACCUGAGUGUCACAGUGUUGCGGGGACAAUUCAAUCAGUCAUAUGACAUUUUGACUAAAUGUGACUGCUACGUCGUUUUAAAGUUACCCACGGCCUGUGCCUGCUGCCAUCGGACCAGGACGGUGAAAAAUAAUAAUGCACCAAAAUGGAAUGAAACGUUCCAUUUCAGAGUGCACAGCGGUGUCAAGAACAUUAUAGAAUUCCACAUUUUUGAUGCUGACGUGAUAACGAAAGAUGACUACUGCGCCACUAUCCUAUUCGACAUCAAUAACCUCACACCUGGACAAAAGCAAACAAAAUGCUUCAUUUCAGAGGAUAAGAAAAAGAAUGAGCUGUGGGUAGAGUUUGAGAUGACAGAGAGCUCUGAGAAGCCUGAGCCAUACUUAUCUAAUGGAGUGCUGAUGGCAGGUCCAUUCUGUGCAUUGGAUGUGAAGGUGCAAAAACGUCUAAAGACUAAUGCUGAGAAAAGCAUGAUGUUAAAACUGCGAGGUGCAUAUAAGGAAGACUGUACGAUCCCGGGCUCUGAAGCCCCCAGUGGCACACAGACCUUAUGCUUCUACAUCAACCGAGACCUGGAGACUGAGUUUAGUCUCAUUCCAGCAAAAGCUGUGGAAGAAGUGGAUGGGAUAAAUCCAAGGACUGAAGGCAUUAUGUCAUCGGUCCCCGUGAAACCAUUACCAGCAAAACAGCAGAUUAACCUCUCCAUGCCUGUUGGACAGGGUGAAGUGGAUCUGCAACUAAGCACAGAAGAUGGCCGCUCUGAUGAAAAGCUGGAUGUCCGUCUGGGUUUUGAUAUCCCUAAGGAGGAAAAAAAAUUUCUGGUGAAGAGAAGAAAAGUCGUGUCACAAGCUCUACAGAAAGCUCUGAAUCUCAGCUCUGCACCUGAGACCAGCAAGGUUCCUUUGGUGGCUGUGGUGUGUUCUGGGGGUGGAAGCAGAGCAAUGAUUGGCACAUUUGGAGGCCUAAGAGCCCUGCAAAAACUCCAACUUCUUGAUGCAGUCAGCUACCUCACUGGGGUUUCUGGCUCCACCUGGACCAUGGCUUCUCUUUAUAAUGACGCUAACUGGUCAAACAAUGACCUAAAUGGGGCUAUGGAGUCUGUAAAGAAGGAGAUCUCUAAAGGUGUGUUCAGUGUAUAUUCCAUCGAGCAGCUACGUCAUUACAAAGAGAAGAUGGAAGAGAGAGCGAAAGAAGGACGCCACGUAUCUAUUGUCGAUAUGUUUGGUCUGUCUAUAGAGUAUCUCAUCCAAGGGAAGAACAAAAUGGGUACGCUAUCUGACCAGCAGAUGGCACUAACAAUGGGCCAGAACCCUCUACCCAUCUACACAGCUCUCAACAUGAAGAAUGGCAAGAAAGGAAAUGUCAUAGAGACUGAAUGGUGUGAGUUCACCCCAUAUGAGGUUGGAUUUACCAAGUAUGGUGCCUUCAUACCUGCACAAAACUUUGGGAGUGAAUAUUACCUUGGCCACAUGGUCAAGAAACUCCCUGAAACUGGGAUAUACUCUCUAUUGGGGAUAUGGAGUAGUGUUUUCUCUCUGAGUCUGACUCAGCUUUGGAAUAUUGUGACUGGAGUGAUCCCAUCCUGGGCCAGCAAUAUUGGGGAAGAAGUGAACAACACCGAUACAGACAACAACCCAUCAACGUCGGACACACUGCACGUCAACCCUAUGACUGACAUGGCAAAAAAGCUGAACAACUUUUUGACCAGCCGCCCCAUUAUUAGCCAAGUGUUCAACUUCCUGAGAGGCUUCCAGAUGCAUAGGAACUACUGUGACAACUGUGACUUCACCGCAUGGAAGGAAACCCAUCCAGAUGCCUUCCCGAACUCUCUGACACCAGCAGACGCCACGCUUGGCCUGGUGGACUCUGCCUUUGUCCUCAAGUCAGGAUUCCCUCCUGUGUUACGGUGUGACAGACAUGCGGACAUCAUUCUGUCCCUGAACUAUGCUUGGGACCCUGACCACUUCAAGGCCAUAAAGCAAACUCAGGAGUUCUGUGCCGAACGGAAGAUUCAGUUUCCGAAGAUCGAUUUCAAAAAGUUGGAGUCUGAGCCGAUCAGGGAAGUUUAUGUGUUUGAGGAUGAAGAGAAUCCAGAGGUUCCCAUAGUGAUUCACUUUCCCAUGAUCAAUCUCUCAUUCAAACAGUUCAAAGCUCCUGGAGUGAAGAGAGAGGGUAAGGCGGAGAUGAAGGAAGGAGAUUUCGAUAUUGACUUCAACAGGACGUUCUGUCCAUUUGCCACUCAAAACCUUACCUACAAGCCUGAAGAUUUCCAGAAGAUGGCCAACCUUUCCACCUACAACAUUCUGAACAACAAAGAUGUCAUUUUAAACAUGCUAAACAAAGUGGUUAAGAGAAACACGUGGUUAAGGAGAAAAUUCCUGUUACAAAGUCAUCAAAAGUGUGAGGCUGGAAUUGAAGACUGACAGCAGGAACAAUUAGCAAGUGUUUUUUGUAUAUUUAACUCUAAAAGGAUUCAUUUAAUAAUGAGUUCAAUCAUUCUUGACCCUCAUGUUGUUCCGAAACUGUGAUUUUUUUUUUCU